AUGGCCCCCCGCACCAUUGUCUUUUUCCACCCGGACCUUGGCAUCGGCGGCGCAGAACGCCUGGUCGUGGAUGCCGCCGUCGGCCUGCAAGCCCGCGGACACCGCGUCGUCAUCUUCACCAACCACUGCGACCCCAAGCACUGCUUCGAUGAGUGCCGCAACGGAACCCUCAAUGUCCGCGUGCGAGGCAACUCCCUCGUCCCCAUGUCCGUCCUCUCCCGACUCACCAUUCUGUGCGCCAUCCUCCGCCACAUCCAUCUCCUCCUGACAGUCUUCCUCUCCGGCGAGCUCGCCGCCCUCCAGCCCCACGCCUUUGUCGUCGACCAGCUCUCCGCCGGCCUCCCCUUGCUGCGCUGCCUCUUCCCCGCCGUCCCCGUCCUCUUCUACUGCCACUUCCCCGACCUCCUCCUGGUCCGGGGCCGCCAGUCCCUGCCGAAACGGCUGUACCGCCUCCCCUUUGACUGGAUCGAGGAAUGGAGCAUGGGGUUCGCCCAUGCCGUCGCCGUCAACUCGAGCUUUACGAAGCGCAUCGUGGCCCGCACGUGGCCGCGGCUGGCCAAAUCCGUCGUCACAAAAGUCGUCUACCCCUGCGUCGAUACCAAGCCUCGCGCCGACGGCGUCCAACCCCACGAGGGCCUUUCCUGCCACGCCGACAAGCUGAUCCUGAGCAUUAAUCGCUUCGAGAGGAAAAAGGACGUUGGCUUAGCCAUCAAGGCCUUUGCGCGGGUUCCCCAAUCGCAGCGCAAGCGAGUCUGCCUCGUCGUGGCCGGCGGCUACGAUCCCCGCGUCUCCGAAAACGUCCAGUACCACGCCGAGCUUCAAGCCCUCGCAGGCUCCCUGUCGCUAUCUCACCACACCAUGACGCCCUCCAACCUCUCGGCCGCCGCCGCGUCCCUCGCCGCCGCGCCCCCCGAGACCAACGUCCUGUUCUUGCUCUCCAUAUCAAACACCCUCAAGGCUGCUCUCCUGCGCUCCUCCCGCCUCCUCGUCUACACCCCCACAAACGAACACUUUGGCAUCGCCCCUCUCGAGGCCAUGCUCUCCCGUCUUCCCGUUCUGGCCGCCAACACGGGCGGGCCCGUCGAGACCGUGGCCGACUCCAAGACUGGCUGGCUGCGCGACCCCGCCGACGUGCAAGCUUGGUCCGACGUCAUGCGCCAAGCCCUCGCCAUGUCGGACGAGGACGUGCUCAAUAUGGGCGUCGCGGGCGAGGCCCGAGUCCGCGAGCUGUUCGCUCGGGACAAGAUGGCAGAGUCGCUGGACCAGAGCCUGGACGAGAUUGUGAAGAUGAGCGCCACGUCGCCGCGCCCCCUGGGCAUGCUUGGCGGUUUGGUCGUCCGGGGUACCUUUUUCGCACUGGCUGCUGCUGUCUCUGCGGUCUUGGUGGUUCGUUUCUUUGGCUUGCAGUCUAGAUGA